CGCUGCCGCCGAGGAGCGGACGUGCUCCGGGUCUGCACGCCCCGUGCCGUGCCGGGCAGCCGCGGCCGCAGCGGCGAUGCGCCUCAUUCAGAACAUGUGCACCAUCGCGGAGUACCCCGGCCCGGGUGGAGCCGCCGACGGCUGCCCAGGGGCGGCCGGGCGCCGCCUGGUCAAAAUCGCCGUGGUGGGCGCCAGCGGAGUGGGCAAGACGGCCCUGGUGGUCCGUUUCCUCACCAAGCGAUUCAUUGGGGACUACGAAAGAAAUGCAGGUAAUCUCUAUACCAGACAAGUUCAAAUAGAAGGUGAAACCCUGGCUAUUCAGGUUCAAGACACUCCAGGUAUUCAGGUCCACGAGAACGGCUUGGGCUGCACCGAGCAGCUGAACAGGUGCCUCCGCUGGGCGGAUGCCGUGGUCAUCGUGUUCUCCAUCACUGACUCCAAGAGUUACGAACUCAUCGGCCCACUCCACCAACUCGUGCAGCAGCUGCACCUCGGCACGCGGCUGCCCGUGGUGGUCGUGGCCAACAAGGCCGACCUCCUGCACAUCAAGCAGGUGGACCCCCAGCGUGGCCUGCAGCUGGCUAGUGUGCUGGGCUGUUCCUUCUACGAAGUGUCGGUCAGCGAGAAUGACAACGACGUCUACAACGCCUUCCACGUCCUGUGCAAGGAGGUGAGCCCCAAGCAGCAGCCCAGCAGCACGCCCGAGAAGCGGAGGAGCUCCCUCAUCCCCCGACCCAAAUCUCCCAACAUGCAGGACCUGAAGAGGAGGUUCAAGCAAGCGCUUUCAGCCAAGGUGCGAACUGUCACCUCUGUCUGAAGGAUGCACCCCUCCAGAGCUGGGCGCCAGGGGGCGUGGCCCUCUCACCGGGGGUGUGGCCUUUGCACCGGGGGUGUGGUCUUCGUGCCGGGGGCGUGGCC